UCCCUGUCGAGGUUCAGUCUUAAGAAAACCAGCUGACACGCGCUCUCGUGGUCUUCUCUGCGUCCGGAGGACUCACGGGACAUAACGAGAGUUUGGGGAGAGCGUAACCCAAAAGGUGCUGAGAUGAGUCAAUCUUCUAUGGACAGAGAUGAAUUCCGAGGUCCUUUUCGCUAGAAACAUUUGGACUGAAAUGUUCCAGGAUAGGUCUUUAACAUGGCCGUCGUCUCCUCCUCCCUCCUCCACCUCCUCCACCUCCCUGAGUCUCCCUGACUCUCUACACCAGCAAGCACACUCCAGAUCCCAGCUGGAACUCUUCCACAAACUGGGUUACACCACGGAGCAGGUCCAGAAGGUGGUGCUGAAGUUUGGGCCGGGAAUGGACACGGACAAACUGCUAGAGAAGCUGGUGAAGAUUGACGAGACGAAGCAUUCUGACCCUCAGACUGUGCGGAUGAACGUUCCAAUCGUACAGGGCGGCACGUGCACAACGAGAGCCCCGACGCAGAUGCCUGUUCUGGGGUCAGGGCUGAGCCAAGGCCCUGAGGAGAGCGGAGAGGAGGAGGACCCCUAUAGACACGUGGUCAUUGACGGGAGCAACAUCGCCAUGAGUCACGGGAAUAAGGAAGUGUUUUCCUGUUUGGGAAUCCAGAUCGCGGUAAACUUCUUCCUGGAGCGAGGUCAUAAAAGUGUGACUGUGUUUGUGCCAUCCUGGAGGAACGAGAAACCUCGUCCAGAUGUCCCCAUCUCAGAUCAGCAUAUUUUGCGAGAGUUGGAGAAAAGAAAGUUGCUGGUGUUCACUCCAUCGAAGCGUGUUAACGGUAAACGGAUAGUUUGCCAUGACGACCGCUACAUCGUGAAGCUAGCAUAUGAUGAGGACGGGCUAAUCGUGUCCAACGACAUGUACCGUGACCUUCAGCGCGAGAACCCGGAGUGGAAACGGUUUAUCGAAGAACGGCUCAUUAUGUUCUCCUUUGUCAACAACAAGUUCAUGCCUCCUGAUGACCCAAUGGGGAGACAUGGUCCUUCUCUGGAUGACCUGCGUCGUAAAUGUCCUGUGGUCCAGAAGAAGCAGCCGUGUCCUUAUGGAAAGAAGUGCACGUUUGGGAUCAAGUGCCGGUUCCUGCACCCGGAGCGCCCCAAGCAGUCCAACCAGAGCCUGGCUGAUGAACUCCGCAGCCGCAGCUCUGCACCGGCCCUUACACCUGCUCCCGGGCACAGCCUCUCUCUAGUGGAGGACAUGGCCAAAAAACUAACUCUGGGUGGUACCAUGAAGAAAGAGCAUCAUCCAGAGCUGAGUACUAUUUCUCCCGGGGUCAAAGGUCACAGUAAGAAGAGCUGCUCUAAGAAGGACAGAAAGUCCCGGCAGACCUCACUAGAGCAGGGUUCGGUCACCAGUAUCGACUCCCACGAUCUGGACUCGGGUUUGGGCUCCAUCGACCCUCACUAUGACGCCACCUACGGGACAAACCUGUACUCACAGCCUCACAGCGCCCCCUGUCACUGCUGCCACGUCACUGCACCUCACCAUAGCUUCCAGCAGCAUCCCCACAUCACCCAAUCAGAAAUCAACUUUGCUUACAACAUGACUGCUCAUCCCAACUACGGCUCGUACAGUGGUGGGAUGAGAGCGUACAGCCAGCACAGACCGCCACAGCAAAUGUACUGGUCCGAUCCAUAUAUGGCGGCCCCUAGAGCCAUGUGCAGGGCACCAGAGGAGAGUUCACAAUGGGAGCAGAGCCAAGUGAGCGCAGGACACGCCAAAGACCAGAGAGAAGCAGUUAGAAAGAAGUUGCUAGCGAUCUUUAACGUGCAGUUGGUGGAUACAGCGAUGAACUUAAACCCUCAACUUUUAGACCCUCAGAGAUUAUUAGCAGAGAUACUGAGGCUGCAGGGCCAGGGACUGUAAAAUAAAAACAAUUUGAGGCACGUUUUUGGACAUGAACUCUUGAAAACGAGAAAAACACUGCAAAUCCUGGAGUUUUUUUGAAAGUUAGUCUGGUGGACUGGUCUAUUUUUAUACUUUUAUCUCAAAUGGUUGGACACUUUCAGCCCAAAUCAAAUGAAAAGGAAUGGAUUGUGCUAGAUUCACAGCACAAAGGUUCUCAGUUCAAUUCCCAGACUAUGGAGUCUUCUGUGUGAAGUUUGCAUGUUCUCCCUGUGUCUGUGUGAACUAAUACAUGCACAAUAGGCAAACUCAUCCAGCUGCUGUUUGUAAUCAUGAGCAAAAUGCUCACGGUCACAUCUGCAGAUGGACUCUUUCACUCGGGUCACAUCUGCAGACAGGUCUUUUCACUCUAGUUACAUCUGCAGACAGGUCUUUUCACUCAGGUCACACCUACUGACGGGCCCUUCGAGGUCACGUCUGCAGACGGGUCCUUGGGCAGUGCUGACCACGACUCUCCGAGAUGUUGAGUAAUAAUUAUGAUCUUUGUUCUGUAAAGACAGAUACUGUUGACCCUGUUCAGAAGUAAUGUUAUUCAAAUAGUUCUGACCAAGAGCUCUUGGUUUAGUCCUGGUUUAGACCAGGUUUAGUUAUGGUUGAGAAUUGGUUUAGUCCUGAUUUAGUCCUGGUUUGGACCUGGUUUAGACUUGGUUUAUUCCUGGUUUAUUCCUGGUUUAGUCCUGGUUUAGACCUGAUUUAGACCUGGUUUAGUCCUGGUUUAUUCCUGGUUUAGUCAUGGUGUAGACCUGGUUUAGUUCUGGUGUAUUCCUGGUUUAGACCUGAUUUAGACCUGGUUUAUUCCUGGUUUAUUCCUGGUUUAUUCUUGGUUUAUUCCUAGUUUAUACCUGGUUUAGACCUGGUUUAGUCCUGGUUUAUUCCUGGUUUAGUCAUGGUGUAGACCUGGUUUAUUCCUGGUUUAUUCCUGGUUUAGUCCUGGUUUAGACCUGGUUGUGGUGGGUUGCAGGUGGUAUCCACUCUGCAGGUCCCAGUUGAACUGAAGCUGUCUCAGUGUUUGGUAAAGGCAGCAUUCUGUUGAUGCAAAUUGUAUCUUUAUUUAAAAUGUUGUGAUCUGCUCUGGUUAAAUGUGUAAAUACUUAAAGUUUAUGUUUUGUCAGAUCCAUGACUCAAACUGUUUUUUGUGUGUCAGUUUUAAAGACGAGGGUUGAUGUAUACUUGACCAUGUAUCUUUCACCCAUGUUCUAACACUGUACCCUCAACAAAAACAUGGAGAAGUUUCAGAUGUCAUCCAUACAUGUUUGAGUAUUCUAGAGAUCUCUCCUGGACCCUAUUCCAACCCUCCAACCUUACAGUUAGCAGUACGAGUCUGUACAAGGCUCCGCCCACAUGCCUACGUCACCCAUGCUCCCACACAACAGUUCUCCAUAAAUAUACAAAAACAUGAUACAAAACUGUACACAGCAACUUGACAAACCUGAUGUGAUGUGCAGUAGUUCCAUAAGUGAGAUGCAGCUGAUAGUGUUGUGAUAGUGCUCUGAAGGGGGAGUGACAGUGCAGAGUGCAAAGGGAGGGGGGGACUCAGAGCAUCAAAAUACCCCCUCUUCAGUACCCCAUAGAAGUAAAUACCCCCUCUUUAACGUGAGGUCUGCCUGACUCCGCCUCUUCUCAUUCAGUAGUUAUUACUAGUUAUUAUUAUUAGUUUAGGUUAUUUUGGUUUUUUUAUAUAUAUAUAUUUUUAAAGGGACAGUCCAGUGGGUAAAGGAAAAUGGUCAUAAUUCGUUCCAUCAUCUGUAUCAUAAUAAUCGUGGUUGUUCUUGCUUUAUGUAGCACCAUGACAAACUGAACGUUCCUGAUUGUGCCUUUACUGUUUCCAAAGCCCCUCCCUGUUUUAAAUCUAAUUCCUAUUUCACAAAAUUAUUUAAAUAAACUUAUAACAAAUUU